UCUCUCUUUCUCUGUCUAACCAUGUAUACUUCUUCCAAACAAGUAAGUAAGAUCUUGCUUAUAGUAUUACCAAUUUCAUUCCUUGUAUUAUUCACACUCUCUUCACUAAUUUUGGUCAUAAACAACUCAACCCAACAACACAUACACAUUCACAAACACAUCCAAAUAAAAAUGGCACACUCAACGUGUGAAGGCACACUCUAUCCACAACUCUGCAUAUCAACACUCUCCACAUUCCCAGAUCUCCACAAAAGAACAGUCCCACAAAUGAUCUCCCACGUCGUGAAACACGCCGUCCACGACGUCCGAGCCUCCUUCAAGACAUGCACUGUCAUCCGCAAGCACCUCCGCCACCGCUUGGCCCCACUCGACAAGCGAGCCCUCCAAGACUGUCUCCAGCUAUUCAACCACACCGUUUCCGAGCUCAGAAUCGCCCUCUCCGAUCUCUCCAGGAAAUAUCCUUCCGAGCACUACCACGAUAUACAGACACUACUUAGUGCUGCAAUGACCAAUCAGUACACUUGUCUCGAUGGCUUCGCUUACAGUCAAGCAAAUGUGCGCGACUAUAUUCAAGAUCGAUUGUUUAACAUCUCUCGUCACGUGAGUAAUUCUCUAGCUAUGCUCAACAAAAUCCCCGGAGUCAAUACGUCCGAUGACGGAGUGUUCCCGGAGUAUGGGAAGUUGGAAGGUGGUUUUCCGACGUGGCUGACCCGGAUUGAUCGGAGGCUUUUACAGACGCCGGUGAAUGCGACUUGGUAUGAUUUGGUGGUGGCCAAGGACGGGACUGGGAACUUUACGACCAUCGGAGAGGCGGUGGCGGCGGCACCCAGUAAGAGUGAGACGAGAUUUGUGAUAUAUAUAAAAGAGGGAGCUUAUUUCGAGAAUGUGGAGGUGGAGAGGAAGAAGACGAUGCUGAUGUUCGUCGGAGACGGGAUCGGAAAGACGUGGGUGAAGGGCAAUCGGAGCGUGGUUGAUGGGUGGACAACUUUCCAGUCUGCUACCAUGGGUGAGUUUCCACAUUAUUCCUCUUUUUUUACAAAAUUAAUUGUUGUUUAA